UAAUUGAGAGAGAGCUCGCAAUAACAUCGUUUAGUUCGCGCUUUUAAGGAUGGUGAUCGAGACAUGGAAAGAGUGUGGCAUUUCCACCAAAUUUCCCACAUAUCGCAACUCGGCUCUGGUGACGGCGCACAGUUGGCAGAAGGGUAAAUGGCAGGACGAUGAGGCAGAAGGAUUGUGGCGCAUACACGACGGCAUCUAUGACUUUACGGAGUUCAUUGAUAAACAUCCUGGCGGUAGUUUUUGGCUACGUGAAACGAAAGGAAUGGAUAUCACCGAAGCUUUUGAGGCGCAUCAUUUGACCAAGACACCGGAGAAGAUGAUCCACAAGUAUAAGGUGAGGGAUGCAGUCCAGCCAAGGAUCUAUACGUUGACACUGCACGAGGAUGGAUUCUACAAGACCCUAAAAGGUCGUGUGUGCGAGAAGCUAAAGACGAUUGACAAUCGCCCAAAACGCAAAAGUGAUCUGAUCCAUCUAGGCUUACUGCUUUCCACGUAUGCUUUUGCUUUGUUAUCUGCGAAAUAUGACAGUCUCUUGGCCCUGAUCCUGGCGGGCCUGACCCUCUGCUGGACGGUGAUCGUGUCCCACAAUUAUUUCCAUAGACGCGACAACUGGCAGAUGUACACAUUCAACUUGGGAAUGAUGAAUUUCUGCUCUUGGCGCAUCUCUCAUGCACUUUCUCAUCAUAUCUACCCGAACUCCUUCCUCGAUUUGGAACUGAGCAUGUUCGAGCCUUUUCUCUGCUGGAUUCCAAAUCCACACAUCAAAAGUAAGGCGUUGAGAUAUUUAUCCUGGAUUACGGAACCAAUUGUCUAUGCUAUUGCGUUCUUCCUACAAAUGGGCACGCGCAUCUUUUACUCGCUGCGCCACACAAAUAUUAUGUACUGGCAUGAUUUUUUGCCCCUCUCUCUACCCUUUGUUAUGUACUUCGGAUCGGCUGGAUCGGCGGGUCUGUUGUUAUGUAUACGCCAAUGGAUUUCCAUGACGGCAAUUGCUAGCACUACAUUUUGCGUAAUCGGCCUGAAUGCCGCUCAUCAUGACCCCAAGAUCUAUCAUGAAGGUGACAAGAAUCGCGAUGACCGUGACUGGGGAUUGUUCCAAGUGGACACCAUUAUUGAUCGUGGUGAUCUCAAACGGUCACAUUUCCUGGUUCUUACACAUUUUGGAGAUCAUGUCCUACAUCAUUUGUUCCCCACUCUCGAUCAUGGACUGUUGCCGGCUCUCUAUCCUAUUCUCUACGAAACCCUUGACCAAUUCAAGGGUCAGCUUCGUGAAUGUAAUCACAUUGAGCACAUUAUUGGACAGCACAAGCAGCUUCUGCGCAUAAAACCCAAUAACAGGGCACCCGGAGAAAGCAAAUAACUUUAGUACUGCAUUGAGUUGAGCUUUGAAUACUUAGAGCUAGCAACUUUUGUAAUUAACAAUAUUAUACAUGCAUGCAUAUUUCAUUUAAUUUGAAAUAAAUAAACUGUAGCCAAUAGGUGUGCAUUUCAGCUUUAAGGAUAAA